UUUCGUUUUCUUUUUCUUUUUCUCUCCCUUGUGUUUUUGUUCUCUACCUACGCAGCAAAACUUUCCUUUCUUUUCUAGCCAAGAUGGCAGCCUCAGCCAUUGGUUUUGAAGGUUAUGAAAAAAGGCUUGAGAUAUCAUUUUCUGAAGAUGGCGUUCUUGCUGGAGGAUCAGGUCUGCGAGCAUUGUCCAGGGACCAAUUGGAUGAGUUUCUGAACCCAGCGGAGUGCACUAUUGUUUCAUCGCUUUCAAACGAUUGUCUUGACUCUUAUGUUCUGUCGGAGUCAAGCCUGUUUAUCUAUCCUUAUAAACUUAUCAUCAAAACUUGUGGCACUACCAAAUUGCUUCUGUCCAUUCCUUCAAUUCUCAAGUUAGCUGAUUCCAUUGACCUUUCUGUGAAAUCUGUAAGGUACACCCGCGGAAGUUUCAUUUUUCCCCGUGCGCAGUCAUAUCCUCAUCGUAGCUUUUCAGAAGAAGUCUCUGUCCUUGAUAGCUAUUUCGGGAAGCUCGGUAAUGGUAGCAAAGCUUACGCAAUGGGCGACCCUUCAAAGUCACAGUUAUGGCACAUCUACUCUGCAAGUGCUCAGGCAAAAGAAUCAUUGGAAUCGGUCUAUGGCCUUGAGAUGUGUAUGACUGGUUUAGACAAGGAAUGUGCUUCUGUAUUUUUCAAAGAAAAUACAUCUUCAGCAGCUUUGAUGACUGAGAAUUCUGGAAUUAGGAAUAUCCUUCCACUGUCUGAUAUAUGUGACUUUGAAUUUGACCCUUGUGGUUAUUCUAUGAAUGGUAUAGAAGGGAAUGCAAUAUCCACCAUCCAUGUCACCCCAGAAGAUGGUUUCAGUUAUGCUAGUUUCGAAGCUGUUGGUUAUGACUUUGAUGACAUGGCUCUGUGCGAACUUGUGGAUAGGGUUUUAGCAUGCUUCCGUCCUGCAGAGUUUUCUGUUGCUCUGCACAUUGACAUGCAUGGUGAAAAGCUUGACAAAUUUCCCUUGGACAUCAGUGGUUAUUACUGUGGAGAGAGGACUAAUGAAGAACUUGGAGUGGGUGGUGCAAUUAUGUACCAGAAAUUUGUUCUAUGCGAUGGUAGUGCGUCUCCCAGGUCAAUUCUGAGAUGCUGCUGGAGUGAGGAUGAAAAUGAAGAUGAAGCAAGGGAGAUAUAAAUGCUUCUGGGUUUUAUGUUUUGUUGUUUAUCUUUAAUCUCUGUUUUUACCUAAAUAACUUUGGGGGUUAUGAUCUGAGAGUGGAGCUACAAACGUGCUGUGUUGUUUCACUUGCUAGUUUGUUUGUGUGAUUCUGCUGAUGUUUUUUCCUUACAACUGCCAACUCAUGAGGUACUGGUGUUGCAGCUGUUUAUUAUGGAAGUAUAAUAAAUGAAUAAAUGUUUAAUAA